AUGAACGAAAAACGCCUCUAUUCUCGUCCUCAAGAUCUCGACUCCGCCAAACGGUGGGUAAUCGGCGCUGCCAUAUUCCAACACCCAAAGUCAGACAACCGCUCCCUCCUCUUACUGAAGCGAGCCAGCCAUGAAGACGCUUUUCCCGAUGCAUGGGAGCUCCCUGGCGGACAUGUCGAAGAGACAAACGAGACCAUCGCGCAUACUGUCACACGAGAGGUUGUUGAGGAGACAUCUCUGAUUGUCGCUAAGAUUAUUGGCGAGAUCGAACCGAUGACGUGGGAGUCGAAAACUCGCUCCAACGGGACUACAGUCGAGCUGAAUGCUGAUGAGCACUCGGCCUGGCUGUGGGUGCAGGAAGGACAGGUCGAGGCGCUGUACAUGACUACGGAAAUGAAAAAGGUUGUGCAAGAUGCGUUUCUAUAUGCGGCUAGGGCUCCUUAGACAGUUGCUCGUGUUGAAAAUGUGAAUUUCGCAUGUAAAGCGCAGCAUGAUUUCCUUUUACUUCCCUUCUGGUCCAAUCUACCACCAUGGCUUGUGAGAGACACUGAAUCUGAACUCACAGUGCGGAAGAUUACUCCGGACUCUCCAUACAGACAUUCAGGUCGUUCCAUUGUUAGACCCACAUCUGCAUGCUCUUUCUGCGAGUUGCUACUCCGUAGAGGAGGACUUUUCCGCAGUAUGCCACCCUUAUGAUACUUGGUAAACUGUCUUUACUCUUGUCACCCGGGCUAAUUCAUGAUUACGACUUGCCUGAUCUUUUACAGCUGUGCUGUGAUAUUCCAC